AUGGCGGCCACGGGCACGGUUAAUGCGUACUCGAACCGCCACCGCCAGAUCAACUUGGAUCGCCUGCGACAGGCAGCUGUUGAACAGCGCCAGGAGUCGCAGGAGGAUGAUCGUCGCCGUGCGCGCCUCCGCCAUGAAGCCAAGGAACGCCUCAGGCGUCUGCAGGCCAAGCGAGAGGCAUCACAGCAGGCGACCGAGCACAAGCGGCAGGCUCAACUGGCCGCCCGUCGGCAAGAAAUUCAAGACACCAACCAUGCCUACCUUCACCACAACGCCGCCCGCCGUCACACGAGUGUCGGUGACCAACACCAAUCCCAUCCCCACGACACAGCCGACGGCAGCGACCACGACUGGGCCCAAGCGCGGUCUUACCAUCACCCCCCUCCCGUGCAUAGAGCCCCCUCCCCCAGCUUGCAGGGGCCCUUUCCGCAACGCCGAGUACCUGGCGCCGCCGUUGAAAAGAACAUGGCCCGCGACGAUGCGCACCGUGAUGCCGUCCUCAGCGAUGCCUACUCACUCCUGGCCCAAUUUCGCCAACACCCGCCCGACGCUGGGCCACCGCCCCCAGAGGGCCCCUACUCCUAUCCCGCUGGUCUUGCCGUUUUUCGUGGCCCCUCUGAGGAGGAUAUUCAGCGCGUGUGGAACUCCAUUCGUGACAUGACCCACCAGAACAGACCCGCCUACACCAAUCAUGACCACUUGUCCCGACCGAGUCAGAGCCGCGGCUCCCACCGCCGACACCACUUUUCUCGUGAGGCUCCCGCCACCUAUGCCGCCAACGCACACCCAUAUCCCAGCUCGCAGGCUUCCAAUGACUCCCCACCGCAACCUGGCCAGUACUACGGCAAACUUCAUACCCGCUCCUCGUCUCAGGGAGCUGUUGCCCCACCCCCACAGGGCCCGCCGCCCCGCCAUGAGCGCCCCUCCCUCCGCACCCACCAAGACCCUCGCCACGCCGAAUCCCACUCAAACAUGGCUCACGCGCAGAACAAGGCUUGGUCUCGUCCCGCCGCACAACCCUAUAAUCACUACCAAAACAGCGGUGAUGCAGACAGCAUCGAGGGGGCCCACGCCCCUCAUCCGGCGGCCCACGCGCCGCAUCUCGCCCGGACCUACUCCAACUCCUCCCUACCCGCCGGGCUGUCCCGUUUACAAAGCCCGCUCGCGUGCAACGCAGCCCCGCAGGUUCGCCCACCCCGCUGA